UAACGCUUCACCGGAUGGAACGGAAGAAAGAUGGCUGCGACCUUGCUGAAUGCGUGUUGAUGAAAUGACAGCUUUGUAACAAAGAGAAGAUGCGUUUUAAAGUAAUAGUUUAAAGUUAAUUCAUUAUCAUUAUUUUUAUUAUUAUGAUGUUUUCGGUGUUUAGGCGCGUGCUUUCAGGGCUGGCGAGCAGGACGCUGGAAUCGCCAGCUAUCCUGCAGCAGCAUCACUUGAAAGUUCUCUCUGCUGGGAUGAAGACGUAUGAUGUUCCUCCAGACUACAGUGAUGUGGUUUUACUAGAGAAGCCCAAACUCAAAUUCCUCAACAAAGUCCCUAAUUUAAAGAAGGCCAAGAAGGAGAUGAAGAAGCUACGUGAUAUCCAGGGUCCAGCAAAUACCGCUAACACCUUCAGAUGGGGACAGUAUGGCAUUUUGGCCAUGGGUGGAGGAUAUCUGCACUGGGGCCAUAUGGAGAUGAUAAGGCUCACUAUAAAUCGGCGUAUGGAUUCUCGCACCACCUUUGCUCGUUGGCGGAUAAACGCUCCUUACAAGCCCAUUACUCGUAAAGGUCUGGGUCAGCGCAUGGGAGGAGGCAAAGGUGCCAUCGACCACUAUGUUACACCGGUAAAGUGCGGCCGGUUAAUAGUGGAAGUCGGAGGUCAUCUUGAACUUGGGGAAGUGGAAUCUGUGCUUAAAGAAGUGGCAAAGAAGCUGCCCUUCCCAGCCAUGGUGGUGAGCAGAGAGAGUCUGGCUGCCAUGCAGCAAGAGCAAGCUGAGAGGGAGACCAACAACCAGAACCCAUGGACCUUUGAGAGAAUAGUGAGAUCUAACAUGCUGGGCAUCCGCAAAGUCAUCAGCCCCUUUGACCUCCACAAUCAUGGCCGCUACACUGGAAAAUUCUUCAAUCCGGAAAGGGUCUGAGUCUAUAUGAAGCAUGGUGGGCUGAAAAACAACACCUCAGCACACAAAAAAAAGUGUGAAAAGAAUUGUGUGAAUUUGAACACAGCAUCCUGUGUCAGAUUAGGAUCACACUGAAGUGAGAAGACUAGAAAUCAACAGUGUGGUUACCGCUGAAUCUGAAGUAUGUGAGAGCCAAACCAUCAGGCCACAAAGUGUUUUGUAAUAUACAGUGUUUUGUAUAUUAAAGCAAAUUUCCACAGAGCCUCGGUUAUCAGUCUCUGUGAGGUUGUGUGCAAAGUUUUUGUGUAAACCAAACUUCUUGCACCAGAUUUACAAAAGCUUUGAAAAGGAUUUUUUUUUUUUAUUCACAUGUAUGAAUGCAAAUCAUUCUUCAUUCAUUAUUUCUGUAAAAACAUCCCUGAACAGGUCAAAGGUUUAAUAUUGAUACAAGCAACACACUUCUGGUUUUAGAUUUUUCAAAAAUACUUGAUUAUCAAUAGUUAAUUUUGAUUACAUUUUUGAUCACUGUAAGAGAAAACAAGUGAAAAUACUGACUGGAAGAAUAUGUGGCUUUCUUGUGUUAUUCAGAUGAAUCUGAUUCCAAGGCGUUGAAUACAUUACAAGACACUCUGGAUGACUGCUGUAAAUUGAAUAAAAAUAAGCAAUUAAAAGUUGACAAUCCAUGCAAAUCAUGUUUUGUCUAUAGUUAGUCUUUUCAUGUGUAGAUGUAAACACACUUAUUAGCAUGAGUAGGAUAGGAAAGUUUUUCUGAAAUUACAGGAUUUUUUUUUGUGCAAUUUCCAGCUUACUGUCUAAAAGUUGUACAAAAACAUGUCUGUCUAUCCAGUGUUGUAUAAAGUACCCAAAAGCCAUACUUGAGUAAAAGUACAGGUACAGGAGAAAAUGACUCAAGUAAAAGUUAGUCAACCAUUAUAAUUCUACUUGAGUAAAAGUCUUAAAGUAUCUGAAAUAAACUGUACUUAAGUAUCAAAAGUAGUAUUUUCAUGAAUGUAUUCAAGUAUGGAAAGUAAAAGAAGAAGUAAAUUAAUAAAAAAGCAAGACUAAUAA